UCCCAGAAGACCACCAAACCAGCACACGUCAACGGAACAGCUUAGCAAAAUCCCCACCAAGGCCUAGAAUAUUCCCCAAAACCCCACGUCCCCUCUGCCGCCGCUCCCCACUCCACCAGUGUGCCACCCGGAUCGAUCGAUCGAUCGACAGCGAUGGACACCCACGUCGGCUCCGUCGACGGGCCGUCGCCGGCGGCGGUGAACGGCGCGGUGGGCUGCCCGGCGUCCGCGCCGGGGUGCCCGAUCAUGUCCUCCCACCCGGUGGUCUCCGCAGGCGAGGCGUCGCUGGGGCGCCACCUGGCGCGCCGCCUCGUGCAGGUCGGCGUCAGCGACGUCUUCGCCGUGCCCGGGGACUUCAACCUCACGCUACUCGACCACCUCGUCGACGAGCCCGGGCUGCGCCUCAUCGGCUGCUGCAACGAGCUCAACGCGGGCUACGCGGCCGACGGCUACGCGCGGGCCCGCGGCGUCGGCGCCUGCGCGGUCACCUUCACCGUCGGCGGCCUCAGCGUGCUCAACGCCAUCGCCGGCGCCUACAGCGAGAACCUGCCCGUCAUCUGCAUCGCCGGCGGGCCCAACUCCAACGACUACGGCACCAACCGCAUCCUCCACCACACCAUCGGCAUCCCGGACUUCUCACAGGAGCUACGCUGCUUCCAGACCGUCACCUGCCACCAGGCGGUGGUGACCAACCUGGACGACGCGCACGAGCAGAUCGACACGGCCAUCGCGACGGCGCUCAGGGAGAGCAAGCCGGUGUACCUCAGCAUCAGCUGCAACCUCCCCGGGCUACCUCACCCCACCUUUACCCGUGACCCAGUCCCCUUCUUCCUCGCCCCCAGGAUGAGCAACAAGAUGGGGCUCGAGGCUGCAGUGGAGGCAACUGUCGAGUUCCUGAACAAGGCGGUGAAGCCAGUGCUUGUCGCCGGCCCCAAAUUGCGCGUGGCGAAGGCGGGGAAGGCCUUCGUCGACCUCGUGGACGCCAGUGGGUAUGCCUAUGCUAUAAUGCCAUCGGCCAAGGGCUUUGUGCCAGAGACGCACCCCCACUUCCUCGGCACCUACUGGGGCGCCGUCAGCACCGCCUUCUGCGCCGAGAUUGUGGAGUCGGCCGACGCCUACCUCUUCGCAGGCCCUAUCUUCAACGACUACAGCUCUGUUGGCUACUCGUUCCUGCUCAAGAAGGACAAGGCCAUCAUCGUGCAGCCUGAGCGUGUCAUCGUCGGGAACGGCCCGGCAUUCGGCUGCGUCAUGAUGAAGGAGUACCUGUCUGCAUUGGCCAAGCGGGUUCAGAAGAACAACACUGCCUACGAGAACUACAAGAGGAUCUUCGUGCCUGAGGGCCAUCCGCUGAAGGGCGAGGCGAACGAGCCGCUGCGUGUCAAUGUGCUCUUCAAGCACAUCCAGGACAUGCUUACGGGUGACAGUGCAGUGCUCGCUGAGACCGGUGACUCCUGGUUCAACUGCCAGAAGCUCAAGCUGCCCGAGGGCUGCGGGUAUGAAUUCCAAAUGCAGUAUGGCUCGAUUGGAUGGUCAGUGGGUGCAUUGCUCGGGUACGCGCAAGGUGCAAGCGACAAGCGUGUUAUAGCCUGCAUUGGUGAUGGGAGCUUCCAGGUGACAGCACAGGAUGUGUCAACUAUGCUGCGGUGCGAACAGAACAGCAUAAUCUUCCUGAUCAACAAUGGCGGGUACACCAUCGAGGUGGAGAUCCACGACGGGCCUUACAAUGUCAUCAAGAACUGGAACUACACCGCCCUUGUGGAGGCCAUCCACAACGGGGAGGGCAAAUGCUGGACUGCCAAGGUGAAGUGCGAGGAGGAGCUGACGGCGGCGAUAGAGACGGCGCUGGGGGAGAAGAAGGACUCUCUGUGCUUCAUCGAGGUGAUCGCGCACAAGGACGACACCAGCAAAGAGCUUCUCGAGUGGGGUUCCAGGGUCUCUGCUGCCAACUCCAGGCCACCCAACCCCCAGUAGACCAAGCAAACUUGCCUGCAUCAGUAGUAGUAGCAGCAGCACGCACGUUGCCCAUCAAAUAAUGUGAACAGUUUAUCUUUGCUCUUCUGUUAUGUUCUUAGUUUUGUGCCUACUAGUGACUUGUGAGCUGUGGCCAUCGCCUGUGUUCUAUCAUGCCAAUGCUACGAAGAUUAUGAGAUAUUUCUAGCUUGCCUCGGCUA